AUGAGAAAAUUUCUCACGCAAAAGGAGUUAGAGUUGGCCUUGGGGGAGGAGCUAGACGAGCUUCACGAUGAAAAUGAGCAAAUUGACGCUGUCUAUAUUCCACCGGAGGUAGAUCAACUCACUGACGAAGAGGAUCUUUCAGAGGACCCGGAAAAUAUCGUAAAUAGCCAGAAUGGAGACAUAGCAGGAACCUUCGAGAUCCACACCGCUCAAGAUGAUAUUUAUGACGAAUCUGACGAAGAAGAUUUGGCAACAAAACAAGAAGUGUUGAUUUCUGCUUCUAGUUGCGAUGAAUCUACAACAAAUAGUGCAAAUCUGGAAGUCGAAUUUGUAGAAGAUUCAAACAUCUCUCGUGCACAAGACACUUCAACAACAACUUUGAGUCCACAACAUCUAGAUGAUUCAGCGACUGAAAGAGAGUGCUCGACACCGGCACUAAAACGAAAGUCCAAAUCUUCUAGAACUAUAAAAAGUGUAUCAACAUUUGCUUUUGAAGAGAGAUCGCAAAAAAGAAUGAACAUGUUGGAGGGCAUUUAUAAUAACAGAAAAAAGAUCGAGGAAGCUGAGGAUCAUGUCAAUCUUUUUAUGAAAAGUAUUGCCUUAACCGUCAAAAAGUUACCACUAUCGUUAAUAACUAAAGCCAAGAUUGAACAAUUGAAAAAACACAGAGCUGUUAAAAUUAAUGUUGAAUUAUUUGGUCAAUAUGUUUUACAUUCCAAAGAAACUACUGAAACCAAGUCAUUUAAUACUAAAAACAAAAUUAUAACUUCGGAUAGUGAAGAAAUCUUUAAUGGUUUUCUGUCUGUUUUCAAGGAGAAAGUAUUAAUCUUCACCGAAAAUGGAUCUGGAUGGGCGCUGGAAAAAAUAUUGUUUUUGAAAGUUAACGUUAACAAGUAUAAACCUAUUAGAGCUUCUUCAUAUAUUCCUUUACCAAAACAAAUUAAGUACAGAAAAGCUGUAAUUAAUGUUAAAAAUAAUGACUAA